UGCCCAGUCAGCCCACCCAGACCAGGCACCACCAUGCCCAAGUGCCCCAAGUGUGACAAGGAGGUGUACUUUGCUGAGUGGGUGACCUGCCUCGGGAAGGACUGGCAUCGGCCUUGCCUGAAGUGUGAGAAAUGUGGAAAGAUGCUGACCUCAGGGGGUCACGCUGAGCAUGAAGGCAAGCCCUAUUGCAACCACCCCUACUACGCUGCCAUGUUCGGACCCAAAGGCUUUGGGCGUGGUGGAGGUGAGAGUCACACUUUCAAGUGAACCCAGGUUUUGGAGACCCCAUCCCUGGCUGCCCGCUAGGCCGCUGCCCCUCCAGGCUGAUGGGAGGCCUACCCACCAGCACCUGGGUCUCCCCUGUAGACCUCUAUGCCCUCAAUAAAC